AUGACAAAGUUAGAAAAAGUAGUUUUUUGGUACAUUCUCUUGCUUCUUCCUGCUAUAGUAUUAGGAGAAUGUACUUGUGAUUCUGAGGAUGAAGAAAGAAACAAACCUGAAGCACUGAAAUAUAAAAUGGUAGCAAUCGCUUCCAUUUUGAUUGCCAGUGCAAUUGGGGUUUGUAUUCCUGUACUAGGAAAAGCAAUUCCAGCUUUGAGCCCAGAGAAGAAUUUCUUCUUCAUAAUCAAAGCUUUUGCUGCUGGUGUGAUCCUCGCGACAGGGUUUAUACAUGUACUCCCUGAUGCAUUUGAAAGCUUAACAUCGCCAUGUUUGAAAGAGAAUCCGUGGGGAAAUUUUCCAUUCAGUGGAUUUAUCGCAAUGGUUUCUGCAAUGGGAACUCUAAUGGUGGACACUUAUGCAACUUCAUAUUUCAGUAACAAAAAUGAUACGAAAAAUGGAUUGGUGGCUCAGUCUGGAGAUGAAGGAGGAGCUAUACAUGUUCAUUCACAUGGCCAUGCACAUGGUUCAUCAUCACUGCUGGGUGAUUCUAGUUCCGAGCUCCUUCGUUAUCGUGUUGUAUCUCAGGUAUUGGAAAUGGGGAUAAUAGUGCAUUCUGUGAUAAUAGGAAUAGCUUUGGGUGCUUCUGAAAGUCCCAAAACCAUAAGGCCUCUUGUUGGUGCUUUGACUUUUCAUCAAUUUUUCGAAGGCAUGGGACUUGGUGGAUGCAUUGCUCAGGCAAAAUUCAAGACUCGGGCAGUGGCAAUAAUGGCUUUAUUUUUCUCACUUACAACUCCAGUGGGUAUUGCAAUUGGACUAGGAAUAACAAAUGUUUACGAUGAAAACAGUCCAACGGCUCUCAUUGUGGAAGGAGUAUUUAAUUCAGCAUCAGCUGGUAUCUUGAUUUAUAUGGCAUUAGUUGAUUUUUUGGCUGCUGAUUUUAUGCAUCCAAGAAUGCAAGGCAAUGGAAAACUUCAAUUAGGUGCCAAUGUUUCACUUCUUCUUGGUGCUGGACUCAUGGCUCUCAUAGCCAAAUGGGCUUAAUUUGAUCAACACUGAUUAUUAUCAAUUUCACAUUAUUUGUCUUUUUCUUUUAAAUUUUUUUCUGUCUUAUCUCUUGACAGAGUGUUAUACAGGAUGUGACUGUAAUUUUUUUGAUUUUGC